AGAAGAAACUGUAGUUUAGUGAUUUUAAAAUAAUGUUAGAUCAUAGAGAAAGUUGAGACACGGAUAAAGAAGAUCAGAGUUUAAACACAGAAAGAAACUAAAGAAGCUCUAGAGGAACUAUCUAUCUCAGAAGAGGAUGCUGGGAGUGGAGAUGUACCCUAGCUUGGCCCUUGCGGCCCAAAGACUGGGAGACUGCUAUUACCGAGAACAACAGCCCCCAGCCCAUGUGCCCCUAUACCCUGCAUCAUGUGACAUGAUGGCCCGAAGCCUGCCCACCCGCAUGCUGGCCCCACCCCCUCCCAACACCGAGCCCCCUGGGAAAGCCCUGGAUACUGUAAAGAUGGAGCUGGAGAACGCGUCGUUAUGGAAGCAGUUCAGUACUGUUGGUACAGAAAUGAUCAUCACCAAGAAGGGCAGGCGGAUGUUUCCUCAGCUCAGGCUGAAGCUGUCAGGCUUGAACCCGUCUCUACGGUACAUUCUCCUGUUAGACAUCGUUCCUGUAGACUCCUCCCGAUACCGGUUUCAGGACGACAGCUGGCAGGUGGUAGGUGGGGCUGAGGCUCGGCUCCCAGACCGAGUGUUCAUCCACCCCGACUCCCCUGCGACUGGAGAACACUGGCAGAACCGCACCAUAUCCUUCCACCGAGCCAAACUCACCAACAACACACUGGACAUGCAAGGACAUAUCAUUCUUCACUCCUUGCACAAGUAUCAGCCGCGAGUGCACGUGAUUGAGGCCAGAGACGUGCUGAUGUGGGGAGGAGCCCAGCACUCAUUCACCUUCCCUGAGACCCAGUUCAUCACCGUUACGGCCUACCAGAACAACAGGAUAACAGAGCUGAAGAUCAACUCAAAUCCCUUCGCCAAAGGUUUCAGAGAAAAUGGAAUGAACUGUAAAAAACAGCGAGAGGCUAGACAGAAGAGGAAACUGCCCCACCCACACCAAGAGGAACCUUUAGACAUAGAAUCGUGUGACCCGUGUGAUUCCACCGAGGUCCUACAGCAGCCCCUGGUCCUGCAGAGCACCACCAUGCCACUACCUGAUUCAGGCUUCUGCCCUGAUGUGACGUCUUUCCAAGAGCAGACAGGUCAACAGCACAUCUCUGGAGAAGCUUUUCUGGGUUCCCAUAUGACCCAGAUACCUGAGAUCUCAGAGAUUCCUGAUUCCAGAGAGAACCAACCGCAACCAAGCUCAGACAGCGACGUGAACGGUGGAUUGCUUCAUGGGUCUACCCAAAUGAUGGCACUUUCUUCAUACAACACAUUUACAGGCCCUCCUAUUACAUCAUCAUCUCACCCACCAGUGGCUCAUCCUCAACCUUCAUCACUCUAUUCCUUAGUUUCUUCCAGCCAGGCAACGGAUCUGCCAUCCUCUCAUUCUAACCAAUCCUCUUUACAAGAUUACUCUUCCAUGACGUCUUCCCACUACCCCCUAUCCACCACCCUGGAUUCUUCUUCUCCAGUCACAGCUUCCUCUACCUCUCCCCCAAGCUCUACUUAUCCCUCCAUCUCUCAUUCUUCCUCUCCUCCUCAGUUACCCCCUCUCUCUGCUUCCUACCACUCUGUCCAUCCAACCCAAGACAACCUUAGUCCUCACACACCAACAAAUUCACCCUUCCAGUCUCUUCCUCCACCAUCCUGCCAGUCUAUCAAUGGUUGUGCUUCCAGUCUGUCUUUAGACCCAACACAGAACCAAGCUGUAGAUGGAGGCUUGGUCAAUACACCACCUUCUGUUCAGGAUGGAACCCAGACUGCCUUUCCAUUCCCUCCUGUGCAGUCAUCCAACGGCACUGAUCCCACCACACCCCCAAACCAAAUUGUACCACAAACUGCUUUCCCCUUUCCUCCAAUACCACAGACGCAAAAUACGCAAAAUCAAGACGCAAAUCAAAUUCCAACUGCGUUCCCUUUAUUUGCGGUCUCAAACCCCGCCUCCAACCCUGUUUCAACUCCAUCUGAUCCCAACACCCAAAACUCCACAGCCUUUCCUUUCCCCACGAUUUCCCAACAACCCAACAAUCCAAAUCCAUCAAAUUCCCCACCCAUGCAAACCCCAUCAGCUUGCUCUUUUACAACCACCCAACCACCAUCCUCAACUUCUCACCUCAACCCUUCUCCGUCUUUCCAAAACCCUUCAACAACCACUCAUUCAGUAACUCAAUCCUUCCCUCCACAACCAUCAAACCAACAAAUCAAUAUACAAAUCCCUAUAGUCAAUCCUAAUCCCAACCCUAAUCCUUCUGUCUCUGCUUCUCUGCCUACCACAUUUCAACCCCCUCAACCAUCCUAUGCCUUUCCCACCACCAUCCCCUCAGGUCCCCAUCUCUUCCAGAAUCUAGCCAUGCCUCCUACUGGCUCUUCUCAUGCUGUUCCAGCCAUUCCAAACAUGGCCCAUUUCCAGCCCACGAUCCCCCAGUCACUAUCAGCCUCCACCUUCAGCCAUAUCCCUCCACAGUGCAACUCAAACCCCACUCAAAUCCCACCACAGACCUUCAUGCCUGUACAGGCUUCCCAUCCGACCCCCCACCUCCCACCACAUUCAGCUCUACAGAACCACUCCCUCCCCCCGGCCCCCACCCACACUCAAUACACUGCCAAUCCCAACGCCUACCCAGCCGUGGCAGCAUCUGAGGUGGGCUCAUUUUCUCAGAUGAACCCACCACCCGCCCCAUACCUGCCCGACGUAGUACUCCACCCCUCCCUCCUUCCUCCUUUAGACCACUCACUUUCCUCUUCUGCUCCACCCGCCCGAUACAACCCCUUCCCUUCCUACCCUCUCCGCCUGUGCCAGGACCCCCGCACCUCCUUCCACUUACCACUCAGGCACAUCUACAGGCAGCCCCAGCACGUACACCCGCACAGCCAGGGGCCGUACCUGGACCUAGGAGGAAGGGCUGCGUACUGAGGAGGCACUCUUCAAAAGAUUAAAGGAUAAUCAAUGAGAUCUUUAAUAUUAAAAGUGGACUGAAUUAAAAUUGCUGAACGACAGCUUUUUAAAGAUAUUUUGUAAAGCAGUUACGGCUUCAAAUGAUGAAAUGUACAUUUAUUUAAAGUCCCACGGAUGAGAAUUUCUAGCCUUAAACUUUUGGGGACUCAUUACUGAUCUGUUUUAGCUUCAAUUUUAGAGAAUUUUACAAUGCAGUUUAUAUUUUUUCAUGUAUUUGUUAUAUCUGUAUACUGGCAUUAAUUGUGGCAUUAAAGUGUGCUUGUUUUAUUUGUCAA